AUGAUUUUUCAUUUGAUUAUUUCUAUUAUUAUUAUUAUUAUCUAUUUCAUUAUUAUUGAUAUUGAUUUUCUCCUUUCUCUCUUCGUUUUUUUUUCCUCAUUCUUUUGUAGUUAUUGUCUUUUUCCUCACUUUUCUUCUCAUUAUUAUCCCUUUCUUUCUCCUUUUCUUUCUUAUUCACCCCUUCUUUCUCCUUUUCUUCCUCUUAAUUUAAUCGUUACAACACUAUCUAUCUAUCUAUCUAUCUAUCUAUCUAUCUAUCUAUCUAUCUAUCUAUUAUAUACUGUGCCUAUGAACACUGAGAUUUCUUUCUCAUUCAUUAUUCUUGAGUUUUUAUUGCUCGUAUUCAUAUAUUUCCUUUUUCUUCUUCUUUUCUUUCUUUUUCUUUUGGCCUUUUUCUUCUUCUUUUCCUUCUUUUUCUUUUGGCCUUUUUCUUCUUCUUUUAGACUGAUUUUCUUCUUUUUUUUUCUUCUCCUUUUGGCCAUUGUGUCUUCUUUUCAGUUUUCUUCUUUUCUUUUUCCUUCUUAUUUUCUUUCUUCAGGCUUCCCCCCCCUUAUUCUUUGUCUUUUAACCUUUUUAUCUUUUGCUUUUUCUUCUUCUUUAAUUUUUCUUCUUCUUUUCCUUUUCUUCUUCUUUUGGCAUUUGUUUUUUUCCUUUCUUCAUAAUUUCUUCUUUUUUUUUUCCUUGUUCUUCUUCUUUUACCCUUUCUUUCUUCUUUUCCUUUGUCUUCUUUUUGCUUUUGCCGUUUUCUUAUUCUUUUCCGUUUUUCUUCUUCUGACUUUUUCAUUUUUUUCCUUUUUAUCCUUCUUUUCUUUUUACGUCUUCUUUUCCUUUUUCUUCAUUAGCCUUUGUUUCUUCUGUUCCUUUGACAUCUUUUUCUCCUUUUUUUUCUUCACCUUUUUUCGUCUUUUCCCUUUUCUAAUUAUUUUCCUUUUUCUUCUUCUUUUAGCCUUUGUUUCUUCUUUUCCUUUUUCUUCUUUUUCUCCUUUUUCUUCUUUUUUUCCCCUUUUUAUUUCUUUUCUCACAUUUUUUCUUCUUUCGGACAUUUUUUCUUUUCUUUUUCUCCUUUUUCUUCUUCAUCUUUUUUCUUCUUUUCCUUUUUCUAAUUAUUUUCAUUUUUCUUCUUUUAGCCUUUGUUUCUUUUCCUUUUUCUUCUUUUUCUCCUUUUUCUUCGUUUUUCCCUUUUUAUUUCUUUUCUCACAUUUUUUCUUCUUUCGGACAUUUUUUUUCUUUCCUUUUUCUCCUUCUUUUCCGUUGCCUUCCUUUUUUCGCCUUUUUUCUUCUUGUGUUGCAAUUUCACAUACAUUCAUUUUUUCUUUCUUUCUUCUUACUUAA